AUGCAAGCUCCAAGCUCAGCAACUCCUUUGCCUGCUCGUCAAACUUCGGCUUCGACGUUGCUUGCCCAGUUCCUCCCCACCGCAAACAUCGCUCACAAGAUGGACAGGAAGACGCCCUCUCCGAAUAUACAAAAAGCAAUCCCUAAUUCACAACCCGAUCUUGUGUCCGCGAUACCCUAUUCACUCCCCACCUCGAGCAAAUUAAACUCCGAUCUAGCUACAGGCAUCACCAAAGAAGCAGUAGAUCAGCACAACGUGAAAAAUAUGGCAGACAGUGACGAAGAUGGUAUUGCAUAUGCUACUCCAUCUCGUCGCCAGCUGAGAGUACGAGUCCCAAAUAAGUCCCUCAAAGCACUUGAGAAUGUAGAGGUGGGAAGACGACGAUCGGGAACCACCAAGCGAGAGCCUCGCACCUCAAGCGCUACCUCGACCCCGAGGGCGAGCAAGAGGGUUGAAAUCCGGAAAGAUAUUUCGAAUCACACGGUGGCCCUGCGAACUGUUUUUUUCAUUGAGAAGAAGGACUUGCUAUUACCCCUUUUGCCACCCCAUAACCAUGUCAGGAAGUUGAUCGAGAAGCAUGCACGACUGUCAGAAGAUGAGCGUUCGAAGCUCCAUCAUGGGACGCCAUAUGAAGAAAUUGAAGAGGCUCCACGCGGCAUUCUUGCAACCAUGAAACCAUACCAGCUCUCUGGCCUCAGCUUCUUGGUUUAUCUACACCGCAAUGGUCUCUCAGGCAUCUUGGGCGAUGAGAUGGGUUUAGGAAAGACUCUGCAAACCAUCUCUUUGAUUCAGUAUCUAAAGGAGCAUGACCCAAAGGCUGGUAGAGGUACACUGCAACGACCGUUCUUGGUUGUCUGCCCUCUCUCUGUCUUGAGUUCUUGGAUGGCAGAGUUGAAGCGUUGGGCACCUCACCUAAAAGCAGUCCGGUUCCACGGCCCCAUCAAGGAGCGAGAUCAGAUCAAAAAAGUCGUCAUGGGAGACGAGGACCUAUAUGGUAAUGCGACUGCCCAGGGCAAAGCUAAGCAAAAGCGCCGAAAGCCGCAGGUCAUCUCCCUAGACUCGGACUCGGAGGAUGAAGAAAGUACUGGAGUCGACGUUGUCGUAACAACCUAUGAUUGCUUCAAGGCCGAGCAGAGUUGGUUCAAGAGAGCUCUUGUAUGGCGAUACGUGGUCCUAGACGAAGGUCAUACGGUCAAGAAUCAUGAGAGUCUUGUGUCAAAAUCUUUGCAAGGCCUACAAGCAGAGUAUCGAUUGCUACUAACAGGCACUCCGCUUCAGAAUAAUCUGUCUGAACUCUGGGCACUGUUUCACUGGCUUUAUCCCGAGGUUUUCAACGAACAGACGCUAGAAUUGUUUGAGAAAUCCUUCAAUCUAACGAAGGGGCAUUACUCCAACACCGUUGUGGUUGAUUCUCGCCGACUUCUUGAGUUGAUCAUGCUUCGGCGCAUGAAAGAUUCGGCCGGAGUUAACCUCAACCUUCCUCCAAAGACUGAAGUUCUUCUUUUUGUACCACUGAGUCCAACUCAGAGAGCUUGGUACCAGCGUAUCAUCACUAAAUCUGAUGAGGGGCUGUUAGAUGAAAUAUUCAAAACCAAGAGCGAAGAUAUUGGCGAGGAAGAAGAGGACGCCAAGAAGACCCGCGCUCUUGAGGUUUUAGGGGAUGACUCUAAAAUCGGAACUAUAGAAUGGACUGAUGCACAACAAGUAUUAGCUGCAGGCAUCAACAGCGAGAAGCCCGCGCUGUUUGGUAAAAAGAAUGAUUAUCAGCGUCUAAUGAAUCUCUUGAUGCAGCUGCGCAAAGUCUGCAAUCACCCAUAUCAAAUUCCUGAUGCCCAACCAGAUCCUUACAGGAGUGGAUCUCAUGUAAUCCAUACGUCUGGAAAGUUCAUCGUUCUGGAGAAACUUCUAAAUGAGCUUGUCGUCAAGCAAAAGAAGAAGAUCCUGAUUUUCUCCGGUUUCGUUCAGACCCUCGAUUUAGUCGAUGAGCUGCUUCUCCUCUGUGGUGGUGAUGGCUCUGAAUAUCGUUCAGUUCGCAUUGAUGGCUCCGUUCCCAGAGCGAGACGCAACCUUGGGAUUCGACUUUUCAACAGUCCUGAUACCAACUAUAGGGUGAUGCUCAUUUCUACCAGAGCUGGUGGCCUGGGUAUCAAUCUAGCUUCGGCAUCAGAUGUCGUUCUGCUUGACCAAGACUGGAAUCCUCAGAUCACUCUUCAAGCAGAGGCACGUGCUCAUCGAAUUGGUCAGAAAAACCCGGUGACCGUCUAUAAGCUCGUGUCUUCCGGCACUGUGGAAGAACAAAUGAUGGGCCGUAUCCAGAAGAAGCUUUAUCUUUCUGUCAAGGUUACCGAGGCAAUGCAAGACAUUCACACAAAGUUUGGGUCUGGAAAGAAAUCAAAGAAGGGAAACUCCCUAGAACAGGAAGAAGACUUGCCACAAUUGAGCACUGGCCAGCUUAUGAAUAUGGUACGACGUGGUGCUGCUACUCUUGCACGACCUCAAAUUGAUGUUAAUGAGAUGCUUGACUGGGACUGGGAUAUGACGCUGUCAAAAUGCAAAGAUCGCCCUGUGGACCUUGAUGUUAAGAAAGAUGUCGUCGCUGAUGCAAACGUUGGUGAGGAAGAAGAGGUUAAGUGGUUGACCGAGCAAGAACGUGUUGAGUCUCAUGUUUUCGAGGGUAAACAUUUAAACCGCGCCUCAAAGUCGGAACCCGAGACUAUUGCUUCCCAAUAUGCCCAGAUUGACCGGUCUGAACGCCGGAAGGGCAAGAACACCACUGUUAUGGUCGAUGGCUUUGCGAUCUCGAAAGAGUCGAUGGGCUGCAAGGAUUGGGAGGCUGUUCCAACGUAUGCAGGAACUAAUGCUGCGUAUGCCGAGCCAAAGCGCGCCAAGAAAGUUCCUAUCGUACCCCAGAGCCAUUGCCAGGUUUGCCUUGAUGGUGGACAAUUGGUCUGCUGCCAAAGCUGCCCUCGGUCGUUCCACCUAAAUUGCCUGGACAAACAAGCUAGGACCAAGGCUUUGGGGUUUCAAUUCAACUGCCCUCAGCACGAAUGCUUCCACUGUCUCCAGAAGACCACCGAUGCUGGAGGUAUGCUUUACCGCUGCAGAUGGUGCGAGCGUGCAUACUGUGAGGAUCAUCUUGAGUUUGACGAAACGGAGCUCAUUGAUGACAAUCUUCCCGAAUAUGAAAUUCUAGGGUACCCGUCACGAGACAAUGCCUUCUACGUGCGAUGUCCCGCUUGCCGUACGCACUUCAUUGAAAGACCAGGCGACAAAAAGCUAUGCGAUGACAUGGCACACAGCAUCAGCCUCGAGCAUGAACGCCGAUUCAAGAAUUCCAGCACGCCCUCGACGCCUAUGACAAAUGCAACGACUCUUGAGAGCACUGCGGUGAACACUCCAUCUCUCGACGAUGAAACCGGCUGGGGGCUUAACAAUAAGGGGGCAAUUAAAGAGGAGUAUACUAACGGUUCCUUCAGGCCAAAUUUUGCGCCCUCAAAUGCCCAGCCCGCUUCCAUGGUCCAAAGUUGGCCAGCGCUCAACAGCCAAAAUAACGAUAUUUCAAAUGGAAAACAGCAAAAGCCAUCUUCGAGCGCCCAUCCGAGUUUUACGUAUGAUUUGUCGCGCUCUGGCUCGAAUCAUCCUCAUCCUCAGUACCUCCCCCAAACAAACGGACCAGCCCUGUUCCAGCCGAAGACGUUCCCGCCCAGAGUUGACCCAGCUUCCUUAGGGAACGCAUCUCAUCACAAGGCCACGAAUAUUGCGGCCCGUGACACAAAUACAAGCUCCCCUUAUUUCGCUUCCCACCAUGGUCACGUGUCUUCUAAUCAGAAAGCCAGUCCUCCAUCCAUGGCCAACCGCGUCGUCAUAGAUCUACUCGAUGAUAGCGACGGAGAUGAUUUUAUUGAGGUAACAUCAGUCAAGAAGCGGAAGAUUUCUCCAGAACUCUCUAGCCACCCAUCCUCUUCUUCGAACAAACGUCAAAUUCCUUCGGCGUAUUACGGCCAGCAGUAA